AUGACUCCAGAUAAUACCACCUUGACAAACAAGUAUACCACCUUUCGAGACCAUUAUACCGCCUUGACACACAGCUAUACAAUGUCUUACCAUACUCGGCCAGAGCAGAACCAGAGCCUGACAGUAUAUCAACACCCCCAAACGCUGAUCACCUCCGACGUUGAAAUGAAAUUUUCUGACGACGAAAACUUCUUCUCUUACGAUGAUACGGUUACCUGUGACAAUGAUAUAGUCAUGACUGACGUUAAUACGAUCAAGACCGACAAUGCUAACGUGCUUGAUGGGGAUAUUCUCAUGACUGGAGCCGAUCAAGUUAUAACUGAAGUCGAUACUAUCAUGACCGAAGCCGAUACUACCAUGACUGACGAUGACACCCUCAUGGUUGAUCCUCAUACCAUCAUGGGUGAUGCAGACUACCUUGAUAUCGGGGGCAAUUUCUAUCUGACAUUUACAUUCGUCGCAAUUUCUAUCUGA